AUGUCCGACAGUGUCACUAUCCGUACCAGAAAGGUCAUCUCCAAUCCACUUUUGGCUAGAAAGCAGUUCGUCGUUGAUGUUCUGCACCCAAACAGAGCCAAUGUCUCUAAGGACGAACUAAGAGAGAAAAUCGCUGAGGUUUACAAGGCUGAAAAGGAUGCCGUUUUCCGUUUUGGUUUCAGAACGCAAUUCGGUGGUGCCAAGUCCACUGGGUUCGGUCUAGUCUACAACUCCGUUGCCGAUGCCAAGAAGUUCGAACCUACCUACAGAUUGGUCAGAUACGGUUUGGCUGAAAAGGUCGAGAAGGCCUCCAGACAACAAAGAAAGCAAAAGAAGAACAGAGACAAGAAGGUCUUCGGUACCGGUAAGAGAAGAGCGAAGAAGGUUGCCCGUCGUAACGCUGAUUAA